GAUUAAGAUCCUUUUGAGUGAUUUUUUUCGAGAUAAAUUACGAUCUUGCGAAUUGUCCAUUGAAUCUCUCGGGGAUUCAGGAAGGUGCGAGAGGAAAAUAAUUGUAGGUGGUGGGUGGAACGGCCAGGCCCGUAUCCACUCCAAACAAAACAUGGACGCCGUGGGUAUUGAUACGUCGGAGCCGUCAGCAGACGAUGAGCCUGUUGAAUCAGCGGUGGGAAUAUGUCGUGUAUGUUUACACGGGAACCUCAUGAUGAGAGAUUUGUUUGGAAAUGAUGAGGUCGUGUCGCUCUCGAACAAGGCUAUGAGCUUCGCGAGUGUCAAGAUGAUUCAAGGUGAUGGUCUCCCCUGUCAAGUCUGCUGCGACUGUGCAGAGAAGCUUGAGUCCGCCUACGAGUUCAAACUCCAGGUGGAGCAGGCCGACAACGUCCUCCGUGAGCGUUACGACGGUCUCAACAUAAAAGAAGAGCUCUUUUUCAAUGAGGUUGAAGUUCACUUGGAGAACGAUCGGCACGAGGAAGUGCCACAGCUCGAUGUUGAUACGCAGUACGAUACAACAUCAGAGGCCCUAAACGUGUCCGAUUCUGAGAAAUCAUCGCUCCUGAAGGACCACUUGGCGCUUCUGGAAGUAGAGAAGCUUGCCGAGCAAGAUCAUCACGUUCUCAACCACUCCAGAAUGCUCCAGGAGGAGUCUCACUCCCAUCAACUUGUCCACCACCAAAUCCAAGGACCCUCUCUCAAGGAAAGUCUGCUUGAGUCCCAAGAAGACUACCUCGACGAUUCCUGUGACCAUCAAAUCAUGUCCCCUGAUAAUGACGACACCGUGAAGACGGAAGGGCUCAACCCAGGGGAAAUGACCAUCGAUGAGCACAAUUACAUGAUCCAACAGGGCUACAGUCUGACGAAUGAACAGGAACAGGAACUCAUGCAAGAAGAUAACGAUGACAGUGGUUCUCAGGAUUUUCCUACUUUGAUGCUGGAGGACGAAGAAGACCAUGAGGAGGUCGAAAUCGCUCAGGAUGAACCUCACAAUCAAGAGUUGCAUCAGCAACCGGAGCAGGAAAUCCCCCAGGAACUCGAUCUUAAGCCACAGGAGCCAGAAUCCCUGGAGACAGAGAUCGUACCUUUGAUAACUAAAAGAUCUCGAAAGGACUCGGACCAAAACUCUUCAGAAGACAAUUACUUUGAGAAUCUCAACCUGAGCAGUAGAUUGAAGCAGUUCGACGAAGAAAAAUCAGAUAAAAUAUUUUUCAUGUGUUACUUCUGCGACAAACAAUUCGUGUCUAAAGUUAUCUUGAAAGAACACAUGCAUUCUCAUGAAGAAGUUCGCAAGACACUGUCUCUGAAGAAGACCCCGGAGAAGAUUCAGAAACUCGACAGUCCCCCCGUGAAGUCCCAACCCUCGGGAAAGAAAGCCAACAAAUGUCCCUAUUGUGGUAAAGAGUACCUCUACGUGAUCUCCUUCAACAAGCACAUCAAGCAGCACGAGAAGAACGAGGAUGAAAUAAAACAAGAGUCAAACUUCGAGGACUCGGACUCUGAGGGUUUCGACAACACCGAGACCUUUGAGGUGAUUUCCAACGAAAGACCGGAGAGUCGUAACGAGCCUGAUCGUCCCAUGAAGAUCGAGGGAGUAGACUCGACUCAAGAGAUUUUUCCUUGCGCCAAGUGUCAUGAAAAAUUCCCAUCAAAGACAGAUCUUCAACGUCACACUCUCCACCACAAUCGGACAGAGGGAGAAAGAUGUAACAUCUGUUCCUUGGAAUUCGAGUCAUCAGAAAAACUGAAAGAUCAUUGCGCUACACACGUCAUGGAGGGAGUCCUCUCCGAGCAAGAUCUUCGUAACGAACUCUCCAACAUCUGUACCAAAGACUACGAAGAGACGUUGCUGAAUAAAAUAGAAUCAGAUGAUAAGGAUUUGACGUGUCGAAUCUGCUCCAUGACCUUCAUGUCGAAGAAACUUUUGAUAAAACACAUGGAUUCCCACGAGCGUACCAAGUACAGAUGCAAGCUUUGCAAUCAAGAGUUCACGAAGAAGGAACACUUGCGGAAACACGCUGAACAGCAUUCGAAGAGCAAAUUCUUCAAGUGUACACAGUGCGGUAAAGUCUUCAGUAACGAACUCACACUUCGAAAUCAUUUGAUCGCAACUAAUCACAAGACAAUACAUCAGGGGGAGGAGUACGACCCUAAUAAGAGGAUAAAACGAGUAGCGGCUAAAGCUGCACAGAAGAUAAUAGAUAAAAUAAAAACCGAGGAUGGUCUAGAAGAUUCUGAUCAGGAGGAUGGUGAAGAUUUCGGGGAGGACCAAAAGUCCAAUGACAAAUUCUCAAAGCGAACGAAUCGAAGGGACUUAGAAUGUGCUACAUGCGGGAAGAGAUGUAGCUCCAAGCAGUAUCUAUUGCGACACAUGGAGCUGCACUUGAAGGAUGAAAAACCAGAUUUAAGUCAAUUGAAGGCUAAGCAGAACGAUCUAGGCUCGUUGCAAAGAACCUGUGGCGUUCCUUUCCCCAGGGAUUUCGACGACAACUCCGAUGAUGACUUUGAGAGUGGCCUGGACUGGCCAAUGGACACUCACGAGUGUACAACUUGCAAGAAGCGUUACAGCACGAAAAAGUCUUUACUAAGACACCAACUACUUCACGAAGAACCAAACUUUGAGUGCGACAUUUGCAAUGUGAAAUUCUACAGAAAGGACAAGCUCAAAGCUCACUACGAUAAGUGCUCUGAGAAGAAUCCAGAUCAAGUGAGGAAGUGCAACAUCUGUGGGGACACUUUCGAGAACAACGAAAUUCUGAAAGAGCAUCGAGCCAAACACGUGGACGAGGGAAUUCUGACAGAGGAGGACUUGAGAGAGCUGGAACCCAGUAGUGAAGAUCGCAAGUCAGGGGAGAAAAUAGCAAGAAAACGAAGGACUGAUAUUGUUGGGCUGGAGUGCACUGAAUGCAACAAACAGUAUACCUCCAGAAAAGGGCUGUUGAGGCACAUUCAGGUACACGAGGGAAAGAAGUACCUCUGCGAUAUCUGUCCCAAAAAGUUCUACAGAAGAGAACAUCUGAAGAUUCACGUGGCCAAACACAACAUGGUGAAGCCUUACAAGUGCACUAGGUGCCCCAAGAGGUUCAUAAAGGAGGAGCAGCUGACUGCACACUUGACUAAGCAUGAGAGACCAUUUAAAAAAAACAAGGACACUGAUUCCACGUCGAAGAGGUUCCUCUGCGAAAUAUGCUCCAAGAGUUUCACUCAGUCAACAACCCUGGUGGCUCAUCUCAGAGCGCAUAAUGGAAUAAAACCUUACGUUUGUGAGGUCUGUGCUAGGCCUUUCACGACGAAUGCAUAUUUGAAGAUGCAUAUGAGAACUCACACUCAGGAGAGGCCCUACAGCUGUCAGUAUUGCUCGAGGGCCUUCGCCAGGGCUGACACUCUAGCUAAUCAUCUCACUUCUCACACUGGUGAGGCCAAGUACCACUGUAAAUACUGUCCUAAGAAUUUCAGGAGGCUCAAAUCGUUGAAGGAGCAUGUGUUUAUUCACACUGGACAGAGGCCGUAUGCCUGUCCUACGUGCGAUCGAAGGUUUAAUAAUAAUGGGAGCAGAUAUGCACAUUCUAAGAGAUGUAAACAGAAUCUUCUGCAGAAUCAGGGAAGGCAGGUGCAGGGACAGGCGCCAGGACAAGGACAAGCACAGGCCCAAAUGCAAGUACAAAGUCAGGAAAUUCAGACGGUUGUGAUUGAUAAUCAAGGAGUUCAAGAGAUUCACGAAGUUCAGCAGGUCCAGACUGUCCAGCAAGUGCAACAAGUUCAGCAAGUUCAACAAGUGCAAAUUCAACAGCAGAAUCAGGCACAAACAAUCAGAUUGGGUCCGGCGAUGGGACCUACCAUGCAAGUUGUGCAGAAUAAGAAUAUUAAGACUAUUACUAUUACCAGACAGCCCGAUCAGGUGGGCCAUCAGGUUCUUCAGCAUCAGGAAAUUCUUAUGCCGCUGAUAUUACCUCUGACAGUUACAUUGACUGAUGUGGAUGACGAGGUAAUAUUACCUGAGGGGACGAAGAUUUUUACGACGACGUAGUAGUAGGCUAUAUAGGUAGGAAUGGAGAGGGAAGACAGGGUGAAUAGUCGAGGUUGAAUGUCACUUGGUGCCAUUUUUGGGCGCGAUUGAGCAGGUUGAGAAGGUUUUGAGGUAUGGAUGUAGAUACUGCGGGCUUGGAGUUACUGAUGAUUGAUUGGAAGACAUUUCAUGUUGGACUGGGUGUAUGGAAAGCAACGAUAUUUUUUUAGAACGUCAUUACUUAUGUCUAGACACGCUCGGCUUGAAAAUUCUUAAAUAUCUGUUACCAGGUCAGAAAAAUGUUCACCCAGAAAGUUCGGAAUUGUCUUAAAUAGAACUAUUAUUUAAUGACAACGCGUUAUUCGAUGAGCAAUCUUUUUUGGUGAGGUUCGGAAAUCACAUCUCCUUGAGAUCUCUAUUAGAGAAGUGAGAAUGAUAAAUUUAUAGUCAUCAGAUUACAGUCAUGGGACAGGCCUUUUCACAUGAGUUUUGAGUAAUGUCAUAUUAUAUUUAGUUGGACUAUGGCGGCCACGUAGAGUCUAUCUCAGAAGACAUAAUAUGAAGUCAUCAUGAAUUAUGGAAUAAUUCCUUUUACACACACUUGGACAUUUUUACUGGUUUUCCGUGGUCGACACGUCGAUUGGUAUUUAAUGAACGGUUCACCGGACGUCAGCUUGAAUGGUAGCACAUUAAUUGAUAAAUCGCUGAUUGAUUACCAAUCAGCAGUGAGCCCUUGAUCAAUCAACAACUAAUUAUCGCGUGACAUGUCAUACAAUUUUUGUACAUCUCUAUAUAUAAACAGUUAACAAGAAUGCCAAAUUAAAAUUGUUACGUUUCUCCAUCUUGCUACUGACUUCCGAAGAAAUAAAAUCACCGGACGAUUUUUUUCUGAAUUUCUUCGUGUGAUUUACGAGAUAAUAACAGAAUGUUAUCCUAUCAAUUUAUUGCUGAGUGGAGGAGUAAGGGGGAAUUGUCAGAAACUUUUGGUUAGAAAUUUUGUCAGUGGAGUGUAUUUUUUAGCCACUCCUUCCUGAGAGGGUAGCAAUAAUUAAGAAUGGAAUUAUCUGCUACUGGCACUCCACUACUCAAUCUUCGUGCAUAGGAUAUUAAGGGUAAAUUUGUGGAUCAAGUGAACAUUUUUAUAUAUGUCGACACUUUUUAUCGUCAGCUUUGUGUAUAAUACGUUGAAUAAAAAAUUAUUUUUUCAAGGAAUAUAUAUCGUAAUAUAACUGCAGAUAAGUCAUGAGUAGUCGUAGUCGAUUUUUUGAGAUAAUUGGGAAUUUAGUUAAUGAAAUUAUUCGAAAUUUAGUUUUGAAUAAUCUAGAAAAACUGAAUGACGUGAAACAGGUUUUCUUAUUAUUCUACAGAGGUUUGACAUAUGGGUUUAUCGGCUUCAUGGAAACAUUUGAUUGUUUAAUCAAUCCAUAUUUCUAGAUUCUGAUUUCUUGUACGUUUAUCUGUUCCUUUUUUGGAUAUUUUGCAGAUAGGGAUAUGGAGCAAACUUUAGAAUUAUUAGGUAACUCCUUUCCAUUUUUAAUGUACAUAACUGUUAUAGUGUGAAUAAAUGAAACUUUGUAGCGUUUA